UAGAGUCUGUAGCCGCGUAGCUCAGUGAGGUUAAGUUGUCCGUUUAAAACAUUUCGAUACACAAAACAGUUUCGAACGUACAGAUUUCGUAUAUCAAAUCCAUCAAUCAGAAUUUCGGAUCGUAAUAUUCAUAUUGUUCAAUCAAGACGGCCGCGAUGUCGAUCGGGGUACCGAUAAAGGUACUCCACGAAGCGGAGGGUCACACCGUAACCUGUGAAACGAACACCGGUGAAGUUUACCGCGGAAAACUAAUCGAGGCCGAAGACAAUAUGAAUUGUCAAAUGCAAAAUAUUACGGUCACCUAUAGAGAUGGCCGUGAGGCUCAGUUGGAAAACGUUUACAUCAGAGGGUCGAAAGUUAGGUUUCUCAUAUUGCCAGAUAUGUUGAAAAAUGCUCCAAUGUUCAAGAGGCCUGGUGGGAAAGGCUCGGGAACUGCUGGCAGGGGAAAAUCCGCCAUUUUGCGUGCUCAAGCUCGUGGAAGGGGCAGAGGACAGAAUCAGAGGGGUAGGGGCACCGGUUCUGCUCCAUGGCUUAAUCAACAAAACCAGCCUGGUGGAUCCCAAGCUGGAAGAGGACGAGGGUAAAUUGUAAAAUUGUAAAAAGGAGAACUGUUGACUUAAGCCUGUGCCUCUUUCUACAUUCGUAAGACUAAAUUCUAUGAGUAUCAAUAAAUCCAUGCGAACACUUUUUCCAUAUUUUUCUCUACAUUUGUCUUAUUUCUUCUAGAACCGAUUAGACAAUUGUUUCUUGUUUAUAUUUCGUGAUUACUCUGUGAACAGACUUUACAAACAGUAACACUUUAAACAUCAUUAAACAAAGAUGGUUAUUUAUCAUUUGAAUUUUACCAAGAACAACAUACUUUCCUGUAUCUUGAAAAACCAUCAAAUCGUGGGAAAACAUAAAAGUUUAUCUUUUUUGAGUUUAAUAGCCGUCGGCUAUUAAAAAAGUGUAAUAGUAGACUAUUCUGCGUAUUAAGAAAAUUCGAAAAUUAUUAUACAAUCGUAUAUGACAAUUGCUAAUUUCUUUCAAGAGAUCUCGAGUUAUGUUAGCCAUCAUUAGCAGAAUUUAAUUUAAAUUUGAACAUGCAUACAUUUAGUUG